GCAGCUGCGAGUACACGGGCCUCCGGAGACUACACGUCCCUAGAACUCGCGUCCCCUCGCCGUCUGCACGGGCUGGAAACGGAGUCCCAGAGACUCCUCGCUGCCAGCACGGGGUCGCUGACCAAAGCGAACAGGAUUCACCAACCCCCAGCCUGGGGUUUGCCCGAGGGCCGGACUUAGAGCUGAUGUAGCUCCGGCUCUCAACUCCGGCUCUCCCGCCGUCAGCUGUCGCCGACAUGGAACCAGUGGCUAGCAACAUCCAGGUCUUGCUGCAGGCAGCCGAGUUCCUGGAACGCCGCGAGAGAGAGGCUGAGCACGGGUACGCGUCCCUGUGCCCGCACAGAAGUCCGGGCCCGAUCCACAGGAAGAGGAAGCCGUCCCCCCAAGCUCUUGGCGCGCUGGACGGUGGGCGGUCUGUGCACAACGAGCUGGAGAAGCGCAGGAGGGCCCAGCUGAAGCGGUGCCUGGAGCAGCUGAAGCAGCAGAUGCCCCUGGGGGCUGACUGUGCCCGCUACACCACGCUGAGCCUUCUGCGCAGGGCCAGGAUGCACAUCCAGAAGCUGGAGGAGCAGGAGCAGCGGGCCCGGCGGCUCAAGGAGAAGCUGCGCAGCGAGCAGCAGAGCCUGCAGCGGCAGCUGGCAUGGCUCCGGGGGCCGGCGGGGGCGGGCGAGCGGGAGCGGCUGCGCGCGGACAGCCUGGACUCCUCGGGCCUCGCCUCUGAGCGCUCAGACUCGGACCAAGAGGAGCUGGAGGUGGACGUGGAGAGCCUGGUGUUCGGGGGUGAGGCCGAGCUGCUUCGGGGCUUCAGUGCUGGCCGGGAGCACAGCUACUCACACAGUGGCGCCUGGCUAUGACCCUCGCCGCUCCAAAGCACGUCCUCCCCUCAGACCCCCUGCCACUCAGCUCUGCGGGGCAGGAGCCCUUCUCGAGCCUCCCGGGCUGUCCAGACUCACCUCCUGUUGCAAUGAACUGAAAGGACCUUGGUGUGGGAAGAGGUGCUUCCCCUGCCUGGCCCCUGGUUGCGGGAGCCCCUUCUAGGGGCGUGGCCCGGCCCCCCAGGGGCCGCAGUGCGGGCAGCUUACGCCUGGACUACCCUUCCAGGCAUUUUUUUUGUUUGUUUUGGUAGCAUUUGGCUCUGCUGUCCCCAUGGGGACAGGAAGCCUCUUGGGUCCCCCCCCCAUUCCUUCCUAGACAAGGCCGCCUGGGCUUUAUCCCACAGAUACUGUACAGUAUUUUCAUUAAAAGGUUCUUUCUUAAUUUC